AGGUUCACGAGCCAAGGCCUCACUGUGUCCGUCUUGAAGUUUCAAACACCCACAGUGCAAGCAGAAGCUCCCACACUCCCAGAGAGACUUUACCCCUCUGCUUUCUUGACCUCCGAACCCCUCCCUCACCAAACCCUAGAACCCCAGACCUUCCAUUCCUCCGCAGACCAGUGCGUUGGGUUGUUCGAUAUCUCGUUUCUUUGAUUUGGGAGUUUUUCAUGCGUCUACCGACUGUUAUUGUGCAAUGCCAUAGUGCAAGGUAAAGAGAAAGUAUCCUGAUUGCAUCCCAUGCAAUAUUUUCCUAGUCUAUUGGGUUGAGAGGGUGUCGUCAAACUUUAUAAGCAUCUUUUCUCUUUCAACGGCAUCUUUUAGGGCUGGAGGAUCUCUUCAUCUCCUUUGCAGAAGUGAUGAUUCUGUGGGUAUUGGCCAUCCUAUAAAGGUUUUGAUUGAGUCGUAGGUGAUUCAUCUGCUAUACAGUUUUGAUAUUCUGCGUAUUCCUGAGAGCAAAUGGAAGUUUACAAACCUUUCAGUACAAACAAGGGACAGAAACAUCGUGCUUUAACUCCAAUAAGGGCAUUGAGAGGCUUAAUAUGUUUAGUUGUGCUAUUUUCAACAGCAUUUGUAAUGCUAGUGUUCUGUGGCUUCAUGACUGCUGUUGUUUUGCGACUUUUUAGCAUACAUUAUAGCAGGAAAGCAACAUCCUUCUUUUUUGGUGCUUGGCUCGCUUUGUGGCCAUUUCUAUUUGAAAAAAUAAACAAGACUAGAGUGAUAUUUUCCGGAGAAAAUAUUGCAGCAGAAGAACGUGUUUUGAUUAUUGCGAACCAUAGAACUGAGGUUGACUGGAUGUACUUGUGGGAUCUUGCAUUGCGGAAGCAAUGCCAUGGAUACAUGAAGUAUAUCCUUAAGAGCAGUUUGAUGAAAUUACCUGUAUUUGGAUGGGGGUUUCAUAUCUUAGAGUUUAUUUCAGUGGAGAGGAGAUGGGAGCUGGAUGAAUCAACCAUGCGCCAAAUGCUUUCAUCUUUUAAAGACCGUCGAGAUCCCCUUUGGCUUGUUCUUUUCCCAGAAGGCACCGAUUUUACCGAACAGAAGUGCAUUAAAAGUCAAAAAUAUGCUGCUGAAAACGGUUUACCUUUGCUAAAGAAUGUGUUGCUUCCAAAAACAAAGGGUUUCUGCGCUUGCUUGGAAGAUUUGAGAUGCUCCUUGGAUGCAGUUUAUGAUGUAACCAUUGCAUACAAACCUCGCUGCCCAUUUUUCUUGGACAAUGUUUUGGGAGUGAACCCUUCUGAGGUUCAUAUGCACAUUCGACGAAUCCCCCUUAAAAAUAUUCCAACAUCUGAAGAUGAAGCUAUUGCUUGGUUGAUGGACGCUUUCCAUGUCAAGGACCAGUUGCUUUCUGAUUUCUAUUCUCAAGGCCAUUUCCCUCACCAAGGAACAGAAGGAGACCUCUCCUCAUUGAAGUGCUAUGUGAAUUUCACGGCUGUUUUUGCCUUGACUUGCAUGUGUAUGUUCUUGACCUUUUUCUCUUCUAUCUGGUUUAGAAUGUAUGUCUCUUUAGCCUGUGCAUACCUGGCUUCUGCUACCUAUUUCAAUAUUCGACCAUUGCCAAUGGUUCGCUUCAUGAAAACAAUCCUUAGUCGCAGUCCUUGAAGGACUGAGGGGCGCUGGCAGUGUCUCUAGGUUCUGGACUGACUAAUUUUUUUUCCCAUUCUAAGAAACUUAUGUGAUUAUUUUCUGUUGUUGUAUUCAUUUGCUCGAGUCAUAUUUUCCAUUUGAUGCUGCUCUGCAUCUUUAACAUUCUUUGCAUUUGGGAAGAGUGCUGCUGGAAGAUUCGUAAUGUUUUAUAUUUAUCAGUUGAACCAUCAUUGUAGUUGAUUAACAA